AUGGAAUACAAUAUUAGAACCAACUUUAUACCAACGGAUGGUCUUAGUGAAUACCAGGAUACACCACACCUAGAACAGUUUGAACCCAUUUUGAAUCAGGAAGGCAACCAGGAGUUCUUCCACCCAGGAUAUCUGCCUUUCUUAUAUGAGUACAGAGCUGUCGAUAGAGGACUUUUUGAGACAAGAGAAGCUUCUGAGUGGGAGUGGGGGGAGUGGGAAAAUCAUGUUGUUGUGAAGGAAGAGACGGAAGACCAGGGUAGGAGUUUUGGAGAAGAAGAGUCACGUUCUUGCGGACGGAAGGAGCGUACAGCAUUUACGAAGACCCAGAUCAGCAGUUUGGAAACAGAGUUCGCUCGGGCAAACUAUCUCACUCGCCUGAGACGGUACGAGAUCGCUGUGGCACUGCACCUUACUGAGAGACAGGUAAAAGUGUGGUUUCAAAACAGAAGAAUGAAAUGGAAAAGAACAAAAGGCGUCUCGAAACACUCCAAGAAAAAAGACCUCGAAAGUCAUACUUAG